CUAUGAUGUCAUGUAGUCACUGGCCGUGAGAUGGGUAUAUAUACACGCUGCUCUCUCGCCACUAUUCUACUGCUAAGAUCUACAAAGCUUACUUUUAUUAUUGAUAUUGAUAUACUAAUCCACAAUGAUCUACUUGUCUGCUCGUGCCGCCCGCAUCGGGGCCAACCGUCAGGCAUUGCCUCUACGUUCGUUCUCUAUUGCCGUGCCGGCUCGGAAGGAGGGUGACCUCGGGUCACCCAAGCCACGAGGAUUCCUUGCUGAAAAAGAUUCCUUCAGCCGCCGAGAAGCCGCAUACGAGGCCAUGUACAUCCGCUCCCACGAGGCAGAGAAACUGAAGCUCCUGCAGAGCCAGUUGAAGGAACAACGACGAUACUUGGACGCGAUGGAGGAACAUAUUAAGGAAAUUACCCGCUCGCAGGGUGGAGAGCUGAACUAGUUGUUCUAUGAUUUUGGUUUUUCGUUGCUCUUUUUUCUCAAUUUUUUUUACGAUUAUCUUGGAUACUUGUGCUACGAUUGAUUCGACACUUGUGAGGCUCAGACAGCCGCCCGUUAUAUAUGACUGACUGCG